CUUAAGGCUCAUAUUUGAAAAGAGCACAUUUCGAUGUUAAUCGAAUGCUUUCCAUUCAAACAAUUGACGCCGAUUUGCGGCUAAAGUGAAAGUAAAAUGCGCAAGGUCAUUUACAAGUUAUGAAAGUUAAGGAAAGCGAAGGAAAGAGGGAAAACACAAACGAACCCCGCCCGCCGUUGAUACCCGUAUUACCGUGUGAACACACUACUUGCACUAUUUAUACUACAAAACGUCACAGAAUAGUGCAUAAGUAUACGCGAUUUGGGACGCACCUAGGGAAGCAGGAACUGAACAAUGACAGAUGUCCCUUCUGAUAAUGUGUAUGCUUAUGCAUUAUCAAAAACCCUCAUAAAAGUCUCCUCUCCUGUGACGGUGGGUUUGUAUUCAGAAUGUCACAACAGGAUCAACAUGGUCCUCAAGAAUAUUGAGGUUCAUAUGAAUCAAGAGGCCCAAAGAAGAGAAGAUAAGUACACAAGGGAACCAAAGCCUCGCUCAAUUACACCCUCUAUUUCUGACAUGCUCUUUCUGAUCUUGCGGCUCCUCUUCUAUCAUCCUCUGUGGACAGAGCAGAACCAGAACAUGAAGAACAUUCGUUAUAUGUUUGUGAGGUUCAGUGCAUGGCAUUUUGCAGGCAGUGACUUUCUCUGGGCGGGACUGGUAAUGCAGUUGACCAAGGCUCUUCAGAACAGCUUCGGUAAACUCCAGCUAAGCCUUUUCCGGAUAGCCCAACAUAAUGCAGAGAAAGGUGCAGGGAAAAAGAAGAUUGAGGAUAUUCCAAAGAAUUGGAGGUCAAAAAAGUUGGGCUGCAUUCCCAUUUGGGCACUAAUACUCAUAGGAUUCAUUGGUUCACUUGUUAUUCUGGUUCCUCUUAUCAUAUUUGGAUUUCCUGACCUGAAGAAACAUUUAGAAGGAGGAAAGGUUGUGGAGUCAAGUGGGUAUGGUGCACUGGAAGGUUUUGCCAUCGCUGUACUUGGUGUUCCUGCAGUAGGAGCUCUAAGAUUUAUAUUAUUACUAUUAAAGAACCUCAUCUUCAACCAGGACCUCAGAAUUAGACAGGGGCUGGACAACAAGAAGGUAAGUCAGCAACUGGGACUGAUGCAUGAAGUUCGGAAGGAGAUGAGGCUGCUCUGCUGCUUCAUUUACUUCAUGGAAAUCUUUGAAAGGAGGAGAAUCAGGGUAGUGCUGGAGAUCACAAACUUGGACCGCUGCACACCAAAGAAAAUCGUAGGCGUUUUGGAUGCCAUCAAUAUUCUCCUAUCUGAUGAAGAGAGUCCCUUCAUUUCUGUGCUUGCUGUAGAUCCGGAAGUCCUGGUUAGACAGGUCCAACAGGCAGACUACUGUCUAAGCAAAAGAGACUCUGCAUUUGAAUUUCUAGAUCGUAUAAUAACACUGCCCUUCACUGUACCUCGACUAUCUGAUGCAUCAAAGUCAAUCAUCUUUGAAAACAUUGUGCGUGGUCAGUCUGAGAUACCUGAAGACGUUUUUCUUGAGGAGACUGGAGUGUCUACUUUAAGAUGUCCCGGGACAUUGUUCUCGGUUGAAGAUGAGUGUUCAGUAAAAUAUAGUGAGACUGAAGAAGAACAAGCCAUUUCUUUGAUACCAAAAACAGGAAACUUUGCUGCAGCAGAACUUAAUCUAGGAGAAGUGGAUAAGUUAACUAAGUCUGCAUUUUCAUGCAUCACCUCAAGAGAUAAAAGCAAACUUCAGACUUACAUAUCUGGAGACACAAUGUCCAUGAGACGAGUGAUUAACUCCAUUCGGGUUACUAUUCUGAUUAUGGAGAUCCGAAAAUUAGAGCCUCCACCUCCAGAGAAAAUUGCUGCAUGGGUGGUUUUGGUGGACCGCUGGCCUUGCAGAUUAAGUUGGAUUCUUCAGUGUGUUGAAGAUGACCGACAGAGUGACGAGAUAGACAGAUCAUACUGUGCUGCUGAUGAUACCAAAACACUAUGGGAAGUGUUCAAUUACAAUAGCCUGGAGCUCUUCAUCAUUGGAUAUGCAGUGGAGAACUUUCUGGAAAAAGAUGGGGACCCUGAGCUGUUUGAGAUUUUCCUUAGGAAAGACUUCAAAUUUACGGUAGGGGACUUGGAAAUGUUUAAGCUUUGCACAGUGAACUUAAACUACUCAAUCAAGAAUGAACUGGCAAGGGUCCGUGGGAGCCGCAGACUCAAGAGAGCAGGGAGAAAUGCUUUCCUGUCCCUUUCAUCACGAACCGUACUGAACAUGAAAAUGGAAGAUAUUUGUCAAGAGCUGUCAAAACUGAGUUUCCCAGAGAAAUACCUCAAAACGGUAAGAGAAAAUUUCAUAGAUGGCAGAACAAUUCUCUUCAGUGACCCAAAAGACCUCAGGCAAGUCCUGCAAAUGACUCUGGGUGAAUGGAUGACUUUUAAAAUUCAUUUCCUUGGGGUCAUACCUCCUGGUCGGCCAGCUCAGGCAAAAACUCUUCCAAACGACAGACACCCUGGAGUGGUCAUAUGCCCAUCUGGCCAUGACCAGUAAGCAGCAUAAACUGACCUUGAAGUUUGCAUCACUGCAUUUUUCCUCCUGUGCUUGCUUGCAAUUAAAUAAGAAGGUUUCAGGAAACAGUACUGCUUAACUACAAAAUAUAAUGCCCUUACGACAAAGCAAAAACAAGAUUGUAAAUGUACACCAGCGAAUCAGA